ACAUUUGCAAAAUGGCAACUACUAAAUCUUUUUUAAUUUUAUUUUUUAUGAUAUUAGCAACUACUAGUUCAACAUGUGCUAAGUUGGAAGAAAUGGUGACUGUUCUUAGUAUUGAUGGAGGUGGAAUUAAGGGAAUCAUUCCAGCUAUCAUUCUCGAAUUUCUUGAAGGACAACUUCAGGAAGUGGACAAUAAUAAAGAUGCAAGACUUGCAGAUUACUUUGAUGUAAUUGGAGGAACAAGUACAGGAGGUUUAUUGACUGCUAUGAUAACUACUCCAAAUGAAAACAAUCGACCCAUUGCUGCUGCCAAAGAUUUUGUACCUUUUUACUUCGAACAUGGCCCUCAUAUUUUUAAUUCUAGUGGUGGUUCAAUUUCUAGCCCAAGGUAUGAUGGAAAAUAUCUUCUGCAAGUUCUUCAAGAAAAACUUGGAGAAACUCGUGUGCAUCAAGCUUUGACAGAAGUUGCCAUCUCAAGCUUUGACAUCAAAACAAAUAAGCCAGUAAUAUUCACUAAGUCAAAUUUAGCAAAGUUUCCAGAAUUGGAUGCUAAGAUGUAUGACAUAUGCUAUUCCACAGCAGCAGCUCCAAUAUAUUUUCCUCCACAUUACUUUAUUACUCAUACUAGUAAUGGUGAUAUAUAUGAGUUCAAUCUUGUUGAUGGUGCUGUUGCUACUGUUGGUGAUCCGGCGUUAUUAUCCCUUAGCGUUGCAACGAGACUUGCACAAGAGGAUCCAAAAUUUGCUUCAAUUAAGUCAUUGGAUUACAAGCAAAUGUUGUUGCUCUCAUUAGGCACUGGCACUAAUUCAGAGUUUGAUAAAACAUAUACAGCAGAAGAGGCAGCUAAAUGGGGUCCUCUACGAUGGCUGUUAGCUAUACAGCAAAUGACUAAUGCAGCAAGUUCUUACAUGACUGAUUAUUACAUUUCUACUGUUUUUCAAGCUCAUCAUUCACAAAACAAUUACCUCAGGGUUCAAGAAAAUGCAUUAACAGGCACAACUACUGAAAUGGAUGAUGCGUCUGAGGCUAAUAUGGAAUUAUUAGUACAAGUUGGUGAAACAUUAUUGAAGAAACCAGUUUCCAAAGACAGUCCUGAAACCUAUGAGGAAGCUCUAAAGAGGUUUGCAAAAUUGCUCUCUGAUAGGAAGAAACUCCGAGCAAACAAAGCUUCUUAUUAAUUCAAGGUCUCGGGUUGUAGUAGUAACCUUACUAUGCUGAAUAAUAAACGCUUGCAAUAUUUAUGAUUGCACGCAUUUAAGUAUUUCAACCUCAAAAUAAAAGGAGUUUGAGGGAUAAAUUUCAAUAGAAAUGUCUCUCUAUGUAAUGUGUGCUUGGAUUAUGUAACCUUUUGGUUGUGUUAAAUAUUUAAAUAAAUUAUCGUUAUUUUAUGCUAUG